CGGGCCCGUCCGACGCUGUUAUGGCAGACCAGGCGCUCUCCUUCGCCAAGGACUUCCUGGCAGGCGGCGUGGCCGCGGCUAUCAGCAAGACGGCGGUGGCGCCCAUCGAGCGAGUCAAGCUGCUGCUCCAGGUGCAACAUGCAAGUAAACAGAUUGCUGCUGAUAAACAAUACAAAGGAAUCAUUGAUUGUGUUGUUCGCAUUCCAAAAGAGCAAGGAGCAUUAUCCUUUUGGCGUGGAAAUAUGGCCAAUGUCAUCAGAUACUUCCCCACUCAGGCACUCAACUUCGCCUUCAAGGAUAAGUAUAAGCAAGUAUUCUUGGGAGGAGUAGACAAACACACACAGUUUUGGAGGUAUUUUGCUGGUAAUCUGGCUUCUGGAGGAGCAGCUGGAGCUACAUCUCUCUGCUUUGUCUAUCCAUUGGAUUUUGCAAGAACCCGUCUGGCUGCUGAUGUUGGAAAGGCUGGUGCUGAUAGAGAAUUCACCGGUUUGGGCAACUGUCUAGCGAAAAUUUUCAAGUCUGAUGGCCUACGUGGUUUAUAUCAAGGGUUCAAUGUCUCCGUUCAGGGUAUAAUCAUCUACAGAGCUGCCUACUUUGGAAUUUAUGACACAGCAAAAGGUAUGCUUCCAGAUCCUCGGAACACGCAUAUUGUGAUCAGCUGGAUGAUUGCACAGACUGUAACUGCGGUAGCUGGUGUGGUCUCCUAUCCUUUUGACACCGUGCGUCGUCGUAUGAUGAUGCAGUCUGGGCGUAAAGCAGGUGAUAUCAUGUACUCUGGAACAAUUGACUGUUGGAGGAAGAUAGCAAAAGAUGAAGGCGGAAAAGCUUUCUUUAAGGGUGCUUGGUCUAAUGUUCUUCGGGGCAUGGGUGGAGCUUUUGUUCUUGUGUUGUAUGAUGAGUUCAAGAAAGUAAUCUAACUAUUUUACUAAAAUUGUGAGGUUAAAUUGAACAGAUCAUGUAGCAUAACUUACCAUUAUGGACCAUUUGAUUUUCUGAAAUUCCUGUGCAGCGUCUAUUUAUCGGGACCAGAUCAUGUUUCUAAGUAGUCCUUAGAAACUACCUUCAGUGAACUGGUGUACUUUGGAAUACCAUUACUGAGGUAUCAGAAUAGACUGUUCAGUUCACUGAUUGUCUGUUUUUGGUGUUUACUAUAGUGGAGGUUGUAUUAGGUCCAAGGGAGCUGAUUUGCACUUGCUUGUAGAUCAGCUUGAAAUUUCAAGUCUUAUUUUACAGGACCAUAAAAUCAUGUUUGGAGAACUACUCAUCUAACAAAUCACGUUUUUCCCCACUUGUACUUAAGCACUAUGUACUUGCACAGCUGAACAUCUAGCAUUUGUGUUCUUUUAAAUUUGGGGCAUUCUGUGAAACAAUAAAUGUACUUAACCCUG